AUGGUUAUCCCUGAGUAUAAAAAAACAGAUGCGAUUAGCGAUAAGCUCGUGAACGUGAUUCGAAUGAAUGUUGAUUCUGGUGAAUAUACUCGAUUCUUAUCAGAUUAUGCCUCAAAUAUGUUUGAGUACGACACAAUUGGUCUAGCCGGCAGAAUUCGCUGGCAGAAUACAAUGGCAUCGAUGUGUGAAAGCGUUCUCAGUCGAAGCGAUGAAUUGAAUUAUCUGCGGAAUCUGAAUUUUACAAUUGGAUUCGUUGGAUCGUUGGAUUAUUGUGGUGUAGGAAUAAUGCGUUUGUUGGGCAUUCCAAAUUUUAUUUUAGUAACUGAUGCGGCAAUGUCUGAGGACGUGGCCUUCUUACUCGGUGUACCAGGACCUCUGUGCUACGUUCCAGUUGUUGAGGAAAACGAUUUGGGUACCGUUAUGACACUUCGAGAAAGAAUUCACAAUGUUUAUAUGUAA